AUAUUUGACGAAUUUUGAAAUUUCAAGGGUAUUUGAUAGUUUACUCAAUAAAAAAUUAUAAGAAAAAGAAAAAAGAAAGAUAAAAAUUUAUUUUCUUGGAAAAAACAAAGUACCACAUCACACGCCAUCAUCGAGUCUCAUCUUUAGCUUCAGCUACGAUAUACAGCCCCUCUUUUGGAACCCUAAUUUCCACAAAUCCCUAAAUUCGCAAUCCCUUUCCCUCCAUAUCUUCUCUCAGUCCAAGGGACUGCAUAUUUUGGUGGUUCCAUUCAACAGGUUUAAGGUUAUAGUCUGAAAUGGCAUCAGUGUCUACUCAACCACAGUUUCGUUACACACAGCCACCAUCAAAGGUACUUCAUUUGAGAAACUUGCCAUGGGAGUGUAUAGAAGAGGAGCUAAUUGAACUUGGAAAGCCAUUUGGUAAAGUUGUCAACACAAAGUGCAAUGUUGGAGCAAAUCGAAAUCAAGCUUUUAUUGAAUUUUCAGAUAUAAAUCAAGCCAUUGCAAUGAUAUCAUACUAUGCUUCAUCAUCAGAGCCUGCUCAAGUACGGGGGAAAACUGUGUAUCUGCAGUAUUCCAAUAGACAAGAAAUAGUGAAUAAUAAAACUGCUGCAGAUGUUGCUGGAAAUGUACUAUUGGUAACAAUUGAGGGUGCAGAUGCACGCCUUGUGAGCAUAGAUGUUUUACACUUGGUUUUUUCAGCCUUUGGAUUUGUUCAUAAGAUUACUACUUUUGAGAAGACAGCUGGAUUCCAGGCACUGGUGCAAUUCUCAGAUCAAGAAACUGCCACUUCUGCAAAGGAUGCUUUGGAUGGAAGAAGCAUACCUAGCUACCUGCUCCCUGGGAAUUUGGGACCAUGUACCCUUAAAAUCACAUAUUCUGGACAUUCAGACUUAAGUGUCAAGUUUCAAAGUCACAGAAGCAGGGACUACACUAAUCCUUACCUUCCUGUUGCUCAAUCAGCUAUGGAGGGAAACGGACAGUCCGUGAUGGGUUUGGAUGGGAAGAGACUGGAAGCCGAGAGUAAUGUUCUUCUUGCAUCAAUUGAGAACAUGCAGUAUGCUGUAACCUUGGAUGUCUUGCACAUGGUUUUCUCUUCUUUUGGACCCAUCCAAAAGAUUGCAAUGUUUGAUAAGAAUGGUGGUUUACAGGCUCUAGUUCAAUAUCCAGAUGUUCAAACUGCCAUCGUGGCCAAAGAAGCCUUGGAAGGACACUGCAUUUAUGAUGGGGGAUUUUGCAAGCUUCACCUCUCCUAUUCACGUCAUACUGAUCUGAGUAUAAAGGUCAAUAAUGACAGAAGCAGAGACUAUACCAUGCCUACUGCACCGCCACCAGUUAUGAACGUUCAGCCCUCAGUUUCAGGGCAACAACAAGCUCCCAUGUCUGGUCCACCAUCUCAACAGUACAACACCGCUCAAUACGCUCCAAGUAACAACAACCAGAAUUUUAUACCUCAAUCUCAGGCUGGAUGGGGACCAGCUCCACCAGCACCACACCCUAUGCAGCAACAGCAGCAGCAACAACAACGGAUGCAUCAUAAUCCUUACUUGCCACCUGGUACAAUGCCACCACAAGGUGGCCCUGGAAUGAUGCAGUAUCCCGGUCACAUUCAUCAAUAGCCUUGCUCUUCGGCUUCAACUAAGCUGAAAAUUGGCUAACAGUCAACACAUUGGCAGAAAUGAGGACUGUCAUAAUUAUGAGUUCUUAUGUUUAAUUAUGUAAUUCCGAAUCUCAGUUUGUUUCCACUUUUCAUCAUAUUUAAUUUUGAAAUUUUUAGAUGUAAUCAAUGUUUUAAGAACACUUAGUUUGCUGGUAAGCAUUUGAAAAAACUACUAAAAUUUCUUUUAUUUAUCUA